CAAUUCUUUCCAUAGUCUACAUUACUCGCAAAGACAAAUAGAUUGAACACUAUCUUCACUAUGGCGCAGAUUCGCAAAUAUGCCAACUUGAAUCUGCCAGACCUCGAUAAUGCGCCGGACGUGUACGAAACUCCAGAGCUCACAGAAGACGCAUCAACGCUACAGGACUCUACAGUACGCUCUCCUUCCCCAUCCCAGGACGGCAAUGCCUCAGACGACAACUCAGCGGUCGACCGCCGACGCUUCAACCCGACAUCAGCACGCUCACACUUCCGCCCUGCCCGCGUAGACGCAAACAACGUAGACUUCUCCGACCGAAUCAGCCACCACAAAACCUCCUACCGGACAUCCCAUCGCAGACGCCGCGGCAGCAAUGGCCAGUACGGCGACCUCAGCGACGACGAAGAGGAAGAAAGCAAAGACCGCAAACUCGCCCGCCUACGACGCGAGGUCGCCGAGCUAAAAGACCAAUUCGACGAAGAACAAAUGCAAAAGCAAGAACAGUCCAAGAACGCCGAGCUCCCAGAAUCCGACCCACACGCCGACAUCAACCGCCUCGCCGCCCUGCUCGACAAAUCCUACAUCGAGCGUCACAACCUCUCCCAAGGCGCCAGCGAGCACUUCACCGCCACCCUCCAGAAAUACGCAACAUACCACCACCACCCAUCAACCCAGCACACAUCCACCCCAACCCGCAUCCCCCUCCGCGCCCCUCCCGCCGCGCCCCCACAACAGCAGGAAUACCUGCUCGCCCAGGCCGCCGACUUCGACACCCGCCUCGCCGCGCUCGAGGCCACGCUCGGCCUAAACAGCAUCACCAUGCCCGACCUCGGCACCAACCCGCCCGUCUUCUCCGUCAUCCAGUCCCUCGAGCAGCUCGACAGCCAGCUCUCCACCAUCGCCAGCACCACCCCGUCCACGCUCGACGCCCACAGCCGCAAGGUCCGCGAGCUCAUCUCCGACGCCGAGAAGCUCGACGCCAUCCGCAAGACGAACGAGCUCUCGGCCGCUGCGAGCGCCGCGUCGGCGGGGAAAUCUACCGCUGCUGGUGCCGGUGCUGGUGCCGGGCGCCGCGGCAGCGUGGCAGACGAGGAAGAUAAAGCAGAGGACGAGGACCCGGAGCGUGUGGCGAAGAUUAACGCGUUGUAUGGCGCGCUCGAUACGAUUGAUCGGGUUAGUCCGACGCUGCCGCUUGUGCUGGAGCGGUUGCGCUCGUUGAGGCUGAUUCAUGCGUCGGCCAUGACGGCGGGCGCGACGUUGGAUGCGGUCGAGAAGAGGCAGGUUGAGCAGGAGGCCGAGAUCAAGGGGUGGAGGGCCACGCUGGACAAGAUUGAGGGCAGGCUGGGCGAGGGGGAGAAGGUGACGGAGGGGAAUAUCAAGACGGUUGAGGGGUGGGUUGGGGAUAUUGAGAAGCGGAUUGCGAAGUUUAGUUGA